AUGGAGACAGUCAAGACAGAUAAUGGAUUUGCAUAUAAAAAGACAGCGAGUUUGUGCGUGUCUGAAAGUUCUGCAUUGGCAAGUUUGAAGGAAGCGAGGGUGAUUCGUUUAAUUCAGAAAUGGCCACUUUUGUACGAGUUUUGGUUCUGCUAUGGGCUGAUAUAUUGGUUGGGUACACAAUUUACUAUGGUAUUGCCUAUUGGGUUUCUCUACCUCAUCGACGCAUUUCUGGGAAAAUACUUAGUGCUCCUGCUGUCCAGUAUAGCCUACAGUGUGGGUAUGGGGUUUCUUUCCAUGUCAACACCACCAGUUCUCGCCAGUUCCAUGGGCACCUGCAAAGACUAUGAGCCAAAAUGUUUAGGUUACACACAAAAAGCUUUGUUCUACACGGCCUUGGCAUUGUUAGCUGUAGGAAUCUCUGGACACCUCGUCUCUCUAAAACCUUUCCUUGAUGAACAGCGAACAAAGUCUGACGAUGGUGAUGGCAAUAAAGUUUUUUUCCAGAUAUUAGGCAUGUUUAUGGUGGCAAUUGUGCCAAUAAUUGGAGCUAUUGCUCUACCUUACAUAAAACCUUGGUCAAUCCGCUUUGGAAUUCCGGCAAUCUGUACCACUGUUGCAACACUUCUAUUUGUGAGCGGUUCAUGUUCCUACAGUAUAUCUGGACCAGAUGGGAGUCCAUUGACAAAUGUUUGCAGAGUCUUUGUGGCCUGUACUUCUAAGAUAUCCAAACCAUUUCCUCUUGAUGAUAAAGAGCUUCAUAAGAAAGAUGGCCCUGAGCUUCAGUCAUUUUCCCGUACUCGUAUUCUCAGGCGUCUAGAGAAGGCUGCCAUCAUAUUGCCUGAUAAAAGUCUAGAAGAACAAGAAAAGAAUAGGUGGAGGCUUUGCACAGUUGCAGAAGUAGAAGAAGCGAAAAUUGUUGUUCGGAUGGUUCCAAUGUGGAUGACAUUCAUAGUUUGUGGGAUGGUAUCUUCUAUUGGAAACACGUACUUCCUAGAACAAGCAAAUCACUUGGAUCGUAAGCUUGGAAAAUGGACAAUUCCUCUUCCUAUGCUUCUACUGCUCUUUAACUGUGCAAAAUCACUGUUUUACAAAUCUUACACCUGUUUGGCAAGCUGCUUUGCUGGGUGUAAAAAGUGUGCACCUCCUGUUGGAAUUGCAGUGGCUAUGGUAUUCUCAGUACUCUGUUGCAUUACUUCUGCCAGAAUAGAGAUUCGAAGGCUGAAAGUGAUUAGAAGACACGAUUUACUCGACAAACCUGAGGACGAUAUCCCAAUGAGUAUAUUUUGGCUCCUUUUCCAGUUUUUUCUUCUUGCUGGCCUGGACUCUUUUUUCGAAAAGAGCUCAAAAGGUUUCUUUAAGGAUCAGGCUCCCGAAUCAAUGAUAAAUUACCUCCAAUACUCAAGUAGUGGAGUAUCUGGUCUAGGAUUCAUAGGGAGUGUGCUUUCGGUUUAUGUGGUUGGUAAAAUUAGUGAGAAGGGAGGUAGACAAAACUGGUUCCAGAAUACGCUGAACAAGAGUAGACUAGAUAGAUAUUACUGGGUGCUUGCAGCCUUGAGUUCUGUAAAUCUACUUGUGUUUAUUUUAAUUGCUUGUAUUUACAAAUACAAGGAUCCAGAACCAGUACUAGAACAAGGAGAUGAAAAUGGCCCUCUAAAUGGUCAGCAAGAGGGGCCAGAACCAGAACUAGAACCAGAACCAGAACAAGGAGAAUCUAGUCAGCCAGAGGAUGAGGAUGGCGCCCAAUGA